AAAGCUACAAAUGAAUAUAACACCAGCGAGGACUGGGGGCUUAUUAUGGAUAUCUGUGACAAAGUUGGAAGUACUCCCAAUGGAGCAAAGGAUUGCCUUAAAGCCAUCAUGAAAAGAGUAAACCAUAAAGUUCCCCAUGUGGCUUUGCAAGCACUUACACUUUUAGGAGCCUGUGUAUCAAACUGUGGAAAAAUAUUUCACUUAGAAGUAUGUUCUCGGGAUUUCGCUAGUGAAGCUCGAGGUAUAAUAAAUAAGGCUCAUCCGAAAGUAUCUGAAAAGCUAAAAGCUCUAAUGGUGGAGUGGUCAGAAGAAUUUCAGAAGGACCCUCAGUGUAGCUUAAUAUCUGCAACUAUUAAAUCUCUGAAAGAAGAAGGUGUAACUUUUCCUGCAGCUGGGUCGCAGGCUACCACAACUGCUGCCAAGAAUGGCUCCUCAUUAAGUAAAAACAAAGAAGAUGAAGAUAUAGCAAAAGCUAUUGAAUUGUCCUUGCAAGAGCAGAAACAGCAACAAAUGGAAACUAAAUCCUUGUACCCAUCAGCAGAGAUUCAGCAGAACAACCAGAACUCGAGGAAGGUGCGAGCUCUGUAUGACUUUGAAGCUGUCGAGGACAAUGAGCUCACCUUCAAAAGUGGAGAGAUUAUUUUUGUUUUGGAUGACAGUGAUGCCAACUGGUGGAAAGGUGAGAAUCACAGAGGAGUAGGACUGUUCCCAUCUAAUUUUGUGACUUCUGACUUAAACGUGGAACCUGAGGCAGCAACUGUGGAUAAAAAUUCUGCUCCUGAGGAUACUACAGAAGAAAUUAAGAAAGCAGAACCUGAGCCAGUUUAUAUAGAUGAGGAUAAGAUGGAUAAAACAUUGCAGGUGCUUCAGAGUAUAGAUCCUACAGAUUUAAAGCUUGAUUCUCCAGAUCUUCUAGACUCAGAAGAUAUUUGUCAGCAGAUGGGACCAAUGAUAGAUGAAAAACUAGAAGAGAUAGAUAGAAAGCAUUCGGAAUUAUCAGAAUUAAAUGUGAAAGUUCUAGAAGCCCUGGAGCUCUACAACAAACUGAUGAAUGAAACACCGAUGUAUUCGGCCUACUCAAAACUCCACCACCCUGCACAAUACCCACCUACAUCUUCUGGUGUUUCAGUGCAGUCAUAUCCUGUACAGCCACCUAGUGGAAACUACAUGGUCCAGGGUGUUCACCAAGUCACCAUGGCCCCAGGUUACAGCCUAGGACCUGACCAGAUGGGGCAGCUGAGGUCUCUGCCUCAAAGCAUCAAUUCUUCUGGAGCAGCUCAGCCAGCUCAAGCUGCGUAUUUAAGCCCAGGACCGGAUCCUGUGCUGACGCAGCCCUACGUGAGCCAGCCCCCCAGCACAGCUGCCUACCCCCCACAGCCCCUGGGAAUGUCCCUGGAUAUGGCAGCCUACCAGAACAACACAUCGAGUCUGCCUCAAGGACCAGCUUAUCCCGUGGCAGUUCCUGCUCAUUCCGUUCUACAGCAACAAACAAAUUACCAUCAACAGCCCCUCCUUUAA